AUGGAUUUUAGUAUUGACAAGGGGGAAAGUGCAGACUUGGAACCCCCAGCACCUCAGCACCAUCUCGGCACCUCAGCACCAUCUCAGCACCUCUUCAGCACCAUCUCGGCACCUCAUCACCUUUUCAAUACCUCAGCACUGUUUCAGCAUCUUUUGGUACCAAAAGCUA